AUGGGGAAUCUCUUAGAAAAUGCUCUGCAACUUUCAGAUCAGGCAAAAGAUCUACAUACCAAGAUGUUGGAUAAAGGUCCCAGCGUCUUGUUCACACAACCUGAAUUACAAGAAACUUCAGGUAUAGCGUCUCUAAAUGAUUUGAUGCCAAUUGUGCAAGAAUUAUUAGACAAAAAUCUGAUUAAGUUGGUUAAGCAAAAUAAUGAACUAAAAUUCCAAGCCGUUGACAUCUUUGAAGCCCAAAAGAAAUCUGCCAUGUCAGCUGAAGAAUCUCUUGUGUAUUCCUACAUCGAAGCUAGCGGCAGAGAGGGUAUAUGGACUAAGACCAUUAAGGCAAAGACAAACUUACACCAACAUGUGGUUCUCAAAUGUUUGAAGAGUUUAGAAUCUCAGCGGUAUGUGAAAAGUGUGAAAAGUGUUAAAUACCCAACUAGAAAAAUUUACAUGCUUUACAAUUUACAACCUUCCAUUGACGUUACCGGUGGUCCUUGGUUUACUGAUAGUGAAUUAGAUGUUGAAUUUAUUAACAGUUUGCUUACAAUCGUUUGGAGAUUUGCAUCCGAUAGAACAUUCCCCAACGGCUUCAAAAACUUUAGCGGUAAUGAUAAGAAGGAACUACUAUACGCACCUAAUGUAAAGAAUUAUUCUACCAUCCAAGAUAUAUUGGAUUUCAUAGUGGCAUCCCAAGUGGUCAACGUUGAAUUAACGCCUGCCAAUAUAAGAUCUCUAUGUGAUGUUUUAGUGUACGAUGACAAGAUGGAAAAGAUAUCACACGAUUGCUACAGAGUGACUUUAGAGAGUGUGCGACAAAUGACACAGUACGGUGGAUUAAUUUCCAACGAUGACGAUGGCGAAUUUUCAAUUUUUGAUUAUUUCAACCUGAUUGCACCAUCACAGAAUGAUAAAGAAGCAGUAUAUUUCGAUGAAUGGAUUCUGUGA